AUGUCUCUUCAGCCAAUGAGAAGGCGGGACCGUGAAGGGGUACACGCCGUGACGAGGACCGGGUUCGCAACCCAAGAAAAAAAAAACGCAAACGAAUUUCUCCGUGUAAAAGCGAACGAGACGAACGCGGCGAAGGUCACAGAGAACGGCGCGGGCGACGUACUGGAGACGCACGAACACGCCGAAUUUGAAUCUGUAGACAUGUCACACAACCACGCGACGUGCGAGAACUGUCACACCGCGCCCGCGGCGUGGUUCUGUCACCACGACGGAGCGUACCUGUGCACGUCUUGCGACCACAGCAUUCAUAACGCGAACAAGCUCGCGAUGCGGCACGAGAGGAUUCCCAUCGAGCAGAAGCUCGCGAACGAUGCGCAGUGCCGCCCCGCGACGCCCGCGUUCGAGGGCGCUCUCAUGGGCACGGCGAGGAGCUCGGGGAACGGGAAGACCGGCACCACCGCGGGGUUCGACCCAUCCUCACCGCAGCACGGACACCACGGGGGCAACGACAUGGACUGGCUCAUGGGAGGCGGGGGUCUGGACGAUCCCCUCUCCUCGCUCAUGACGCUCGAGCAGGAGGGCAACAGCUCCGGGGGUCACUUCAACCUCGGCGAUGACCUGUUCGGCAUGCCCGCCGCCAACCCCAGCGGCAUGGGCGGCGGCUACGGCCAACACCAGGGCGGGCUCGGCGCGGUCAAGGAGGAGCCCGUGCACGCGCUCUUCCGUGGCGCUCAUGCAGAGGGCAACGGCGACUCUUACGCCGGUCACGCGCACCACAGGCAGGAUAACUCCAGCGGGAGCUCGGACCAGAGCACGAGCACGGACCUCAUCAACGGCCGGGGCCACAGCGUGAACGGGCGCGCGUCCAUCAACCAACACCAGAUGGGGGGCCAACACCAGGCGCGCGCGUUUGAAGGCGGACUCCAGCUUCGCGAGGAGACGGUGCUGACGCGGCCGUUCGCGCAGUCCGCGCUGAGGCAGGCGCAGCUGCAACGAUACCGCGCCAAGCGCCUCGCCAGGCACCUCGGCCACAAGAAGAUCAGGUACGAGUGCCGCAAGACUCUCGCGGAUAACAGGCCGAGGAUCAAGGGUAGGUUUGCCAAGGUGAACAGCGACGCGGACCUCGCCGGGAUGGUGACGGCGCAGUCGUGCCCGGACCUGUCCGCCAUGCACAGGGCCGCCAAGCUCGACGAGGAACGCGCCAAGGACAGCAGCUCGGACUCCACCAAGCAACAGACGACGGCCAAGGUGAAGGCGGAGCCGCGGAGGAGCCGCCUGAGCGACGGCAGCGACGACACGGUGGCAAACGCCAAACAGAGCAACGGGUCGCCCAAGAAGGCGUCGCCGAGCGGCAAGGGGGGGAAGAAGGCGACCGCGUCCGCCGCCGAGGAGGUGUUCAAGAAGGUCGGGUCGCUCCGAACCGGGGGAAAGCCGAUGAUGCCGUACACCCAGAGCGAAGUGUCACUCGUCGCACUCGACAGAGAGGGCGUCUGGUGAGCGGAGCGGGGCUAUCAUGUUGGAACCGCCGCGACUGGAAACUUCUUCAGUCGAGCUCGGGUGCGCUGCUUGGCGCGUGUAUUUUUUCGGGCACUGUAACCCUACGGGAAAACGAACCAUCACGAAAACUGAAAACAAGGAAAGGGAGGAAGGAAAGGACGAGACGAGACGGGCACCGUCGUCAUCAUCGCCAUCGCCAUCAUCGCGUCUGUCGGCGCCGGGGGGCGUAAUACCAUCCCCCGCGUCACAGCUGGCGUCUCGCGAGCGACCCGCGUGUAUCAUCACCACUAUAAUAGGACUUAUCACCCGCUACUUUGUCAAUAACAGAGCGAGUUGGUU